AGUAUGCGAAUGUAUCAAGAACUUAUCAUGGAAAAUCGUGUACGUCGAUGUUGAUCUUUGAGGCCAAGAUAUGAGUCUUCUUUAUACCAGCGAGGAAGGCUGGAUUGUGUCUCACUUGCAGUAUCUCAAUGAAAUAUAUAAGAAGGUCCGUAAUGAGAAUGGAUUCUGUAGUUUAAGUUUUAAUAAGAUGAUAUUCGAGAUCAAUUCCCAAUAUUUGAGGCAAAAUCAGAUAGCUCAGAUUAUGCAGGAAUCUCAGGAUAGUACCAUAAUAUUCAAUAGAAAGAAAAGGAAGCGUUCGCAGCAAUUGCCACAGAAAGACUUGGAGGAAGUUGAACAUGUGAAACAAAUGUUGAGUACAAUAAUGGCUACUGCAAGAAUCAAAGGGCUUUUUUGUGGAAAUAAUUUGUCAGAUAACAAUGAAGUAGCACGCUUGGCAUCUAGAAAAUUUUAUAAGGAUACUUAUUCUCUCAAAGAUGAAAACCUCUUUGGAUCUAAUGAUACCGAUGAUGCUAUCAUAUCUGAAGUUCAUGCUAAGAAAUAUGUAUUCCCAAGAAAAUGUACAUUCUAUUGUUAUGAUGUAAGAGAUAUAGAAAAGAAGAUGGAACUGAGCAAUCAAUAUGACUUUAUAUUAUUAGAUCCACCUUGGUGGAACAAAUCAAUUAGAAGAAAAAAGAUAAAAUGUGCCGAGGCCAGUUACAAAAUGAUGUAUAAUGAGGAAUUAGUUAAGAUACCAAUAAAAAAACUAUUACGUUCAAAUGGCAUUGUAGCUAUAUGGUGUACCAAUUCGUCUAAUCAUUUGAAUAGUAUAUUUAAUGAAAUAUUUCCGUCUUGGGGUAUUACUUAUAAAGCUAAGUGGUAUUGGAUCAAAGUGACACAGACAGGUGAUACAAUAUGUAAUUUUAACUCAGCACCUGGAAAACAACCUUAUGAAUUAUUGAUAUUAGGGUCUGCUCUGAAAGAAGAUGAUGUGGAUAUUCCUGAUGGCAAGCUGAUGAUCAGUAUACCUAGUGCGGUGCAUUCACACAAACCACCUCUCACAGAAAUUAUAAAGGGAUAUCUCCCGGAUGAGCCAAAAUGCCUCGAAAUUUUCGCGAGAUAUUUAUUGCCUGGAUGGACGAGUUGGGGUCUAGAAAUUUUAAAGUUCCAACAUUUAUCGCUUUACGAAAUUUUAGAUGAAAAUAAGAAAACCGAAAGCGAUGAAGAGCGAAAAUGAAAGUAAAAACAAUCGUAAAAUAACAGUUACACCUUUACCGGUGCCUAAGUUAUAGAUCUUUAGCCUGAGGUGUUGUUUGUGCAAAGCGUUUAAAGC